CUGAGGAAUGGUCUGUCUCAUCUGCAGAUGACGGUGGUGUCUCCUAGCACUCAUGGGUUGACGGACAACUCCCAUCCUCAGGCCGUUCUAAGCCGACUGAGCGAACAGCAGUCACACGGCCUGUUUUGUGAUGUCACAAUUGUUGUGGAGGACGUCAAGUUCCGAGCUCACCGCAACAUCCUGGCUGCAACCAGUGGAUACUUCAGGAAUGCCUUCACCACACCAGAUAUGUGGACAUCUGGUCAGGUCCUAGAACUGCUGGAUUUGAAGUCUGAGGUCUUUGCCAGCAUCUUAAAUUUUAUCUACAAUGCCAGGGUGGAGUCAAGCAGCUUAGAGGACAGGAGCUCCUUGGUGGCAGCUGGAAGGCGGUUGGGGAUUCCCUUUUUGGAGAAGCUACUGGAAUCAGACAGGCCAGGCUCUGGACUUUCACUGAGUCAAGCCACCACAAACACAGUGGUCUCCACCACUCACCGAAACCCCAGCAGUCCUCACACCCUGAAAAGAGAAACUUCACGGCCUGAGGAGCCGGAAUGCUCAAGAGGUCCACGAAUCACAAAUGCUUUUUCUAUGACUGAGGUGGGAGCAGGGAACAACCCAUUCACCCCUGCGGACUCACGAGGUGGAGGGCACCAGUCACCCAACUUGGGGCACCACCCUGCCAGUUGUGCCACCUCAAGUAUGCCCACUGUGGAAAAGGAACCUGCUCAGACCUUGUCAGAGCACUCAUAUGCUGUGAGUCAGGAUCAUAAAGCAACUGAGCUCAACGAGGAUGUCAGCAUCAGUGACAACAAAGCCAGCAAGCCAGCUCUAAUUCCACCCAAGACACCGGUCUGCCGAAACCUUGGUCCACUCAAGAAACGUCACAGGCUUGGGAAAGAUAACCCCUUUAUAUCUGAUGUAUCAGGUGUAUCUGCACAAGCUGAUAGUUGCCCCGUGCUACAAAAGGCCCCUCACAUUCCCCCAGAGUCACCACUACCCCUAGUAUCCUCUGACCCAAAUACAGAGACAUGCCCUAAUCCUAAACUGUUGUCUCAAACCGAGGACGUGAUACUUCAAGAGGCAGAGCCACCUUCACUGAGCCCUCAGGACACCCCCAAUAUUCCCACCUACCACUGCCAGCACUGCCCCGAGGCCUUCAACAACAGAGCACUUCUAACUAUCCACAUGCAAAUCCACAAAAAGAGAUUUGUCAGUCAUUUGUUUUGUAAGUACUGUCAUAGAAAGUUCAUGCACUUAAAGAGGCUACGAAACCACGAGCAGGUAUGUAAGAAACCUUUAAAAGACCCACCUCAGCUAGAACCAAAUGGCAUAGAUGCUUCAACCGACACUGUCUCAGAAAACAUACCAGAUAUGGACGACACAUCACUGUCUCCACCUAAUCUUCAAGACCCUUUAACCUUCAACCUAGCACAGACUAGUCCUCUAGAAGCAACCCAGGUUCUUGCUGAGCAUGUUGGGAAAGCCAGUGGGGGUCCACGAACAUAUAAGUGCAGUGUGUGUAAACGUGCUUAUGUGACACUGUCUAGCUUGAAACGGCAUGAGAAUGUACAUUCAUGGCAAAGGGCCUACCCCUGCCACUACUGUAACAAGGUGUUUGCUCUGGCAGAGUACCGCACUAAACAUGAAAUCUGGCACACCGGAGAGCGCCGUUACCAGUGCAUCUUCUGUUUAGAGACUUUCAUGACCUACUAUAUCCUCAAGAACCAUCAGAAGUCUUUCCAUGGCAUAGAUCCUCGACUGGCUGUGAACAAAAAGUCAGCAAAUGGUGGUUUUAAAAGUAAUAUUUAUCCCAUCAAGCUCUACCGACUUUUGCCUAUGAAGUUCAGGAAGAGACAGUAUAAGACGUACAGCCAAACUUACUCUGAUAUAGAGAGCCAAGACCAAUCCUUCACCACUUCACUGGGCAGCAGCUCACACACUGCUCCAAUUGAAGGUGGAACAGCUUCAGAAAAUCCAGAUGGUGUCUGUAGUGGUCGGUCAUUAUUUUCUAUGCCCGUGACGUUCAUGGCAACUCCCAAGAUGGUGGCACCAGAAAUUCCUCGAAUCAGCUUUGAACAGCCAUGUGACCAAAAUAUAGAUCCCUCCGAACUGGACAGAUCUGAAUCGAUAGAACAGAGUGUCCUGUCAUCAGAUGUCCAAAAAGAGACUGGAUUGUCAGGUUUUGAGCAAACUGGGUCAUCUCUGUUCACUUAUGGAUAUACUGCUCCCUCAGUGAUGACACAAGAAAGCAGAGGAUCCUCUAUAGUUAUGCAAGGAAAUGAUGUCUUGUCACUAAAGGGCACUGACAAUAAUGGGCAUAUUCUACCUUUCCAGAAUAAACCGUCUAUAAGCUCAUUUGAGGGCUUGAGCAGGCUUGGUGACAUAUCAGCCACAGCACACACCAUUGAGACCAUGGCAAAUCAGCUGCUUUUGCCCAGGACAGAAACCCUGGCACAGAGCCGAUCUGUUGGUGGGAAGACAGAGACCUACAUCGCAAAGCCUGCUUGUCCUGGUCCAUCUAUCGACAGCCAAGUCCUGCCCCUCUGUCAGAUAACGGUGAAGAUUGGCAAUGAGGCUAUCAUCAGACGAAAAAUUAAAGGCUCUAAGCUGUUCCCAAGGAAGAAAAAAAGGAGAAGCUGGAGGCAUAUGGAGAGCAAAGCCCAAAGCAAUCAGGCGGAUGAUAGUGGGAUAAGUCCGAGUCUGCAUCUGAGAACAGAGGUCUCCACCUCCAUGGCUGAUAACGACCAAUUUGACGACCCAGCAGACCCAGACAAUGACAAACCAUGGCGUCCCUACUACUCUUACAAACCUAAAAGGAAAGGAAAGAAACUGAGAUCCAAACAGAGGAAGGUGAAAACUGUGAAGUGUUACACCAGGCCUUUGUCACCUGAGGCAGACGAAGACUUCACAGAGACAGACUGCAGUCCAGGUGAAAGCAUUUUGUCAGAGAGCAGAGAACCCACAAGACUGCUCAGGAAUGACAGCUCAAAGCCAGAGCUCUCCUGCUACAUUUGCAAAACCACUUUUUUCAACCUGACCUCACUUGAGAUACACUUGACCAAUUGCCAUCACUCUCGUUGCAGGACAUGUGGUAAGAAGAUGACUUCCUCAUCAUCUGGGUCUUUUUCUGAGGACAACACUGAUUUCACAUGUAAGAGCUGCAUGGAGGAUGGCUCCUGCUUUAGCUCAGAUAUGGCAACCCAGAACCUGAGCAUGGAGAAGCGAUACCGCUGCUCCUUCUGCCCACAGCGCUUCCUCUACCUUGCUACAAAAAGGAGCCAUGAGAAGAAGCACCUGGAGAAGUCUUACCAGCACUGGCCACAAGAGAGCAAGUCCCCAUCACAGGUGACCGAGCAUAAGCCCAAACAGUUCCUCAAAUCAGAGGAGGGCGACUAUCAAGAGGACAGUGAAAUGGAGUCCAAAGGGUCUGCUGGAGCUUUUUCAAGUUUCAUGAAGAGCAGAGAGCAGCCCAAAAUUGAGCCUUGGGAUAGCACAGAAAUCCGUUCACCAGUAGGCGCAAAAAUGGAGGAUCCAGAGAAUACAGAAAGUAAGGGAACUGAUUACACCCACAAGAAAACAUCCUUGUUCUCUCACGGCAGUAAUGGCCCCCUUUCUACAUUCCCUGCCGAGAUGAUGAGGAUAAAACAUAAGAAAAGGAGUAUUCUGGAACGUUCCAAGAGCUUCGGUCUUGAUAGCCAUAGACAGGACUCUAGAGGGGAAGAGUCAAAGGGACAAAAAGGCUGUCUGCCCAAACUUGGAACAAAUUACCAUCUCAACACUGCCAGGUUCUAUCCAACAUGUCUGACAAGAGACCCAGUCACCAAGGAAGCCAAACAGCAAUUACCCAUAUCAAAGCGACGUUUGUGCAAGGAAGAAUUUCUUUUUAACACAAACAACUGA